AUGUUCUCGAUGCUGACGAGUGUUGUUCGCAAAAGACCGUCGAGCAUUCUUCUUGUUCUGUUCUUGCCGUUAAUCACUCUCUUUUAUUUUCGCUAUCUUGUCGCGCAGCAACACAAAACUGAACGCCUCGUGACGGAUUUACAUUCCUAUGUCGCCGAAUACCCUCUAGAUGUUGCCCUCCCAGACUUCGCCUCGGUGGCCAACCAAGUGGCUGCUCUUUCCCAGCUAGCUGGACUUUACAUGCGAGAACAGACUCUCGAUCGCAGUCGACUCAAAGAAUCCUUAGCUCACCUUUUUCCCUGGUGGAAUGAAGACAAACUCGCCUACGUGCCGUGGAAACACCAGAAACGGCAGAAACCUUGGUUGAAAGAAAAGGAGGUGCCGAAGACGGGAAUAGUCGUGUGUGUCGGCGAUGGAAACGUUGAAGACGCCCUCUUUUUGAUCACAAACCUCAAAAAGGUCCUCAAGAACGAGCUCCCUAUAGAGAUCGCUUAUGCUGGCGAUUCGGACCUGUCGCCUCACACCCGAACAUUUCUCCGUGCGACCAGCAAAGACAUUCACUUCCUCGACCUCUCAAAAAUCUUUGACAAUUCCCUCAUUGGACUCAAAGGCUGGGCCACCAAACCUUUCGCCCUGAUAGCCAGUCGAUUUCCCCGGACAAUCCUUGUGGAUGCCGAUGCGGUUUUCUUCUCAGCUCCCGAGCGGGCAUGGGAUGACUACGAGGGCCUGCGCGACACAGGGACGCUGUUCUUCCACGACCGGGCCGUGACCAUGGACAACAGCGAGAACCGCAGAAGAUUUGUCGCCGAACAACUCGGCAAAGCCGGGCGGGCACCAUCCGCCCACCUCAACAGCAGCUCGCUUUUCUACAAGGGUUACAUCGGAGAGGAGGCAGACUCGGCGGUCGUCUAUUUCGACAAGUCUCGGCCCGAGCUGUACGUCACAGCACUGUUUGCCGCCUGGAUGAACGUCCAGGACGUCCGCGACGCCAUUACCUGGGACACAUUCUGGGGCGACAAGGAAUCGUACUGGCUCGCCGCCGAGCUGACGGGGAUUCCCUAUGCCUUUGAGCCGUGGCAGGCGGCGCGGUUCUCGGAGGCGCUGAGCAAGCAGGAGCAGGAGGUGUUCAAGACGCCGCGGAUCUGCUCGCCGCACAUGGUCCACUCGGACGCGGCCGACGACGAGCCCUUCUGGACCAACAUGGGCAUUUGGCAGAACAAGGAGGACAAGAGCCUGGGCUUCGCCAACUGGACGCACUGGUACCUGGGCGCUCCCAUCAAGCAGACCAUCCAGACCACAAUCGCAUCGAACCUGACCCUCGAGCCCGUCGCCGACGACAGCAACGUGACGCUCUCCGUCCCCAAAAACGCCACCGAGGUUCUGGCGACCCAGGCCGCCUGGUACUGGCGCGACUGGACCGAAGACGCCCGCGGCUGUCCGCAGCACGACGAGAGCCGCUGGAGGCCCCUCAGCCGCGAGUUUUUGGAUCGCCUGCGCUGCAUCAUCGCCGAGGCGGAGAAUAUUAGAUAUGCCUGGACGAGAAAGAAGAUAGAAAUGAAUAAUUGA